GGCAGCUAUGCGCACACUUGGAGUCAUUUUUAGGAGUUUGUCGCUGCCGUCGGCUCCACGAAAUGCUCUUCUGAGAUGUCCGGUGAAGGAUAACCGGUCCGCAAGAAGAGGAAUAGCAGUUGCUGUUGGCGUCGCGGCUGGAGGAGCGGCUGUUUAUUUUUACUAUUCACAAAUGUUCGGAUCUAGAGGAAGGAAAGCCCGGAUAAACGGAACGGGCUGUCGGACUCUGCUGCCUUCACUGCCCGCUGUAGCCGCCAAGGAGAAGGCCCAGACAUUUUAUUUUGACGAAAGUGACGUGUACAUGUCAUCUCAUGAGCAUCGCUUCCGUCUCUUCAGCUCAGUGGAGUACGAGGGGCAGCUGUACAUGACUCCCCAGAACUUCAUCGAGUCUGUUACAAUGAGCGAGCCCCGCAGCAAGAAACCUUGGCGCUACCUCACCAAACAGGAGCUGGAAAAGAUCUUGUCCAACACUCCACCAGUGUGGAAAGGAACAUCCAAGUUGUUCCGGAACCUUCGGGAAAGAGGCAUCAUCGCUUACACGGAAUAUCUCUUUCUGCUCUGCAUUCUGACAAAGCCUCAUGCAGGCUUUAAGAUCGCUUUCAAUAUGUUUGACGCCGAUGGUAACCAGAUGGUGGAUAAACGAGAGUUUCUUGUGCUGCAGGAAAUCUUCCGCAAGAAAAAUGAGAAGAAAGGAAGAAAAGGAGAUGUAGAGAAAUCCGCUCAACUGUGUGCAGAUGAGAACACGAUGACUGACACCACUCUGCUUGUGCACUUCUUUGGCAAGAAAGGGAAGGCAGAGCUAACCUUUGAUGACUUCUACAGAUAUUGUCGUCCUUCUUUCAGAUUCAUGGAUAAUCUGCAGACUGAGAUGUUGGAGAUUGAGUUCCUGGCCUAUUCUAAAGGCAUGACCACCAUCAGUGAGGAGGACUUCGCCCGAAUCUUGUUGCGAUACACUAAUGUAGAGGAUAUCUGCAGCUAUCUGGAGAAUGUGCGUCAGUGCAUACCUGAUGAGAAGGGCAUCAACUUUGAAGAGUUUAGGUCUUUCUUUCAGUUCCUUAAUAACCUUGAAGACUUUGCCAUUGCUAUGCAAAUGUACAACUUUGCUUGCCGUUCAAUUGGACAAGAUGAGUUUGCACGGGCGGUGUAUGUCGCCACAGGCCUAAAGUUGACCCGUCACCUGGUUAACACCAUCUUCAAGAUCUUUGACGUGGAUCAUGAUGAUCAGCUCAGUUACAAAGAGUUCAUCGGUAUCAUGAAGGACCGGCUACACCGUGGAGGCAGGGGCUACAAGGCUGUAGAGCGAUUUACUUCCUUUAGGUCAUGUCUGAAGAAGGAUCUGGCUGGCAGAUAA